CUAGUUUGCCAGCAAUGUUGAAUCUACUAAUGAGCCUCCACAGACAGAACACACAUUUAUUCUCACAGUAGAAUUGAUCAAUGACAAUCCCUUCGUUGUGGACCUUGACAAUACUAUGGCUGGAACUGGGUUCUCAACUACAUUCAGGGAAGAAAGUACAAAUCCUGCUCCUCUUUCCAAUGAUUUAAAGAUUACUGACAUUGAUGUUCUACCAAACACAAACAUAAAGACAGCUACUAUAACAGUAGAGGGUGGUGGUGCAGAGCACCAUAUUCAUGUUGACGCUCAAGGUUUACUGGGAAUUUCUGGUCAAGACACACAUAUGGUCACACUAACCAAUAGUGCAUCAAGUAGUGUUUAUGAAAAUGUUCUUGGUACAGCUACAUAUUGGAACAGUGCAGAUGAACCGAGUGCAUCCAUUUUUAAAAUUCAGUUCCAAGUUCAAGAUGCAGAUGAUAAGCAAAGCAGCAUAUCAGAAGCACAAGUGCACAUAGAUUUCAUCUGUGAUCCACUGGUGCUCCUGCUUGAUGAACCAAACACAAACUACAGCACUACUUUCUCUGAAUUGGACAAAAUUCCUGUCAAAGUAGUCAACUCAACUAGCAUACAUCUGUCUGAUGUAGAUGCACAAAAAAUAGUAAGAGGAACCGUCACUGUUGUGGGCUUUCAGUCUCAUUGGCAGGAUUCUCUUCAAGUUCUUGGUGCUGAUGGCAGUGCAAUGAAUAGCUACCAAGGAGUGACAAUAAGUUACGAAAAUGGUCAGCUGAGUUUUGAAGGAGAAGCUACACUUCAAGUGUAUGAGAACAUACUAAAGAAAGUUCACUACAGCAAUCCAAAUCCUUGCCCACCAUCAUUAUCUGUUUUACUAAAAUUUGACUUCAUAGACGAUUGUGAGGCUCAUAACGAACCAGUCUAUACAAACAUAUCCAUUGAUCCCGACAAUGAUCCGCCAACAAUUGAUCUUGAUACUACCACAAGUCAAGAUCCAUUGCAGCUAACAUACCAAUUCUUUGGGGUAGAGAAUACGAAUCCACAACCUCUUGUUCUCUUUGAGCGUGCUGCUUUGGAUGAUUGUGAUACUAUGCACUCGAUGGAAUAUCUUUAUAUUAUCAUGACAGAGGCUGGUGAUCUGGAAACUAAUGAAGAAUGGUUGGAAUUUGACUUGAGUGGCACUGCAUUGCAAGUUCAUGACACAAGUAACGACUUCGAGAUAACAUAUAUGGUGACACCAUUACCAACUGCUGUUGUGCCUCCAAGUGACUUCCAAAUGGUACUCAGGAGGGUGAAGUACAGGAAUGUUGCCAGAAAACCAUUCGAGACAUCAAGGGAGUUGACAGUACGAGCUUCUGAUGAUACUAGAACUGAAACGGCAUCAGCUAUUCUGUCCAUGGAUCGUGUUCCAUUGGGACCAACCAUCACAUUAGGAAAGUAAGUUGGAUUACGUUCAAGUUACAUUAUAGUUCAAUUACUGUUGUAUCUCUAUUU